CGCUUCUUCCUCUUCCUCUCCUCUGCAACUACCAACCCUUCAUUAAUACAAACCCCUAUCCCUAAUUCCUCUCCUCUGUCUCCCUCUCCCUCUCUUUCUCUUGGGCAUUCUCUCUCCCUCUGCACUCUUCGAUCGUCUCUUCUCAACCUGCGAAAAUGUGGCCACCGCAGCAAGAGAAGCAUGGCGACAUCGAGGCCGGAGGCCAGCAGCUCUAUCCCAAGAUGCUCGAGAAUCCCCAACUCCGGUGGGGGUUCAUUCGUAAGGUUUAUUGCAUCUUGGCCGUCCAAUUCCUUCUCACCGUCGUCGUUUCUGCUGUCAUCGUCUUCGUUCGUCCCAUCGCAGUCUUCUUCGUCACCACUGCCGCCGGUUUUGCUCUGUACAUUGUUCUCAUUAUCUUGCCCUUCAUACUUUUGUGCCCUCUGUACUACUAUCACCAAAAGCAUCCUGUGAACCUCAUACUUCUUGGAUUGUUUACGGUGGCGAUAUCAUUUUCAGUCGGAUUGACGUGCGCUUUUACCAAAGGAAAGAUUAUUUUGGAGGCUGCAAUUCUGACAGCGGUGGUGGUUGUGAGCCUCACUAUCUACACCUUCUGGGCAGCAAAGAAGGGUCACGACUUUAGCUUCCUUGGACCCUUCUUGUUUGCUGCUCUUUUAGUUCUUACCAUCUUUGGCUUCAUUCAGAUGCUAUUUCCAUUGGGGAAAACCACUGUGAUGAUAUAUUCGGCCUUGGCAGCUAUUAUAUUCUGUGGCUACAUAAUCUAUGACACUGACAACUUGAUUAAGCGCUAUUCUUACGAUGAAUACAUCUGGGCAGCAGUUUCCCUUUACCUCGACAUCGUCAACCUGUUCCUGGCUCUCCUCGACAUUCUAAGAGCACUGGACGGAUAGAAACUUCAUUUCUUUCUUUGAAAUUUUCCUGCCUUCUAACAAAAGUGCAUACAGUUUGAAGUGCAAAAUGGGUUGGACCUACCCCACCCCACCCCAACCCAACCCAAAAAUAGGGUUGUCUUGAAGAUUGGGUUAGGGUUAGAAAACACCAACCCAAUAUAAGGUUGGAUUUGGUUGGUUUGAUGCUUUGGGAAACCCAACUCGGAUGUAUUGUAUUUGUAAUUAUAUGUUUUUUAUGCUUUAAUGUAUGAUACAUGCAUUGAUCUGUAUAGACAAGUAUGUUAAAAGUAUGCAUAUGUGAGAGGAGGAGAG